GCUGGGGACUGCUGCGUUCUGACCGGGAGCACCGGGAACCGGGAGUCUGUUGUCAUGGCUACUGAGGACGCCAUGUCCGCGAGCUCUGUGUGAACCAAAUUAAAAUAUUCUCCUGAAAUUCAUCACCAACAACCAGGAUAUUUAACUAAGAGCAAUGUGAAACUGCUGAAAGAGGUGAAGCAAAAGCCGUGCAGAAGAAUCUCCAGAACACACAGAAACAGUUUGCUACAUUUAACAGACAAUUGAAGCCAAGUCCCGACAUGGAGAAACAUCAGCACUCUGUCAAGAGUUUUACUAAACAGAGUGAUCUCAAAAAACACCAGCGCAUUCACACAGGAGAGAAACUGUAUCACUGCUCAGACUGUGGGAAGAGUUUUACUCAACAGAGUCAUCUCAAACUGCACCAGCGCAUUCACACAGGAGAGAAACCGUAUCACUGCUCAGACUGUGGGAAGAGUUUUAAUCAUCAGAGUAAUCUCAAAAAUCACCAGCGCAUUCACACAGGAGAGAAACCGUAUCACUGCUCAGACUGUGGGAAGAGUUUUAAUCAUCAGAGUAAUCUCAAACUGCACCAGCGCAUUCACACAGGAGAGAAACCGUAUCACUGCUCAGACUGUGGAAAGAGAUUUACUACACAGAGUCAUCUCAAAAUUCACCAGCACAUUCACACAGGAGAGAAACCAUAUUGCUGCUCAGACUGUGGAAAGAGUUUUAAUCAACAGAAUCAUUUCAAAAAUCACCAGCGCAUUCACACAGGAGAGAAACUGUAUCACUGCUCAGACUGUGGGAAGAGUUUUACUACACAGAGUAAUCUCAAAAAUCACCAGCGCAUUCACACAGGAGAGAAACCGUAUUACUGCUCAGACUGUGGGAAGAGUUUUACUGAACAGAGUAGUUUCAAAAAACACCAGCGCAUUCACACAGGAGAGAAACCGAAUUACUGCUCAGACUGUGGGAAGAGUUUUACUCUACAGAGCACUCUCCAAAUACACCAGCGCAUUCACACAGGAGAGAAACCGUAUUACUGCUCAGACUGUGGGAAGAGUUUUACUCAACAGAGUACUCUUCAAAUACACCAGUGCAUUCACACAGGAGAGAAACCGUAUCACUGCUCAGACUGUUGGAAGAGUUUUACUCAACAGAGUAAUCUUCGAAAACACCAGCGCAUUCACACAGGAGAGAAACCGUUUUAUUGCUCAGAUUGUGGGAAGAGUUUUACUCAACAGAGUAAACUCAAAAAACACCAGCGCAUUCACACAGGAGAGAAACCGUUUUAUUGCUCAGAUUGUGGGAAGAGUUUUACUCAACAGAGUAAACUCAAAAAACACCAGCGCAUUCACACAGGAGAGAAAACUCCAUCUUAGUUCAGUUUGAAGGCAAUUAAAAGUGCAAAUCGUAAGUCUUUUCCACUACCACUAGGCCCAUCUGCAUGAAAGAAGAAGUGAAAACACCAGCUGAGGAACUCCAGAGUGUGUUCCCAAAAGUGAGACCCAGAGCCACAGAGAGAGACGACACUGUUCCGGAUACUGCCGUGUGGACUGGAGGAGCAUCCAGACCCGCAGAGAGGCCAACAAAAUCCUUUCCAGAGGUUAAAUAAAACGCUCCAGCCGUAGUUCCCAUACUGAAAUCAACCCCCUCCAGACUUGUGUAGCGCAGUAAGGUUGCAGGCUCGUUCAUUCCCUCUGAUGGUGUUCUCAUUUGUCUAUGGUUCGUUCUGAUUAAAAUCUGUAACCAUAGAGGGAUAUAGAUGGAUAUUUGGUUGUUGUAUUACUCAAGGUUUAUGCUCUCUUAUCUUUUCCUUAUUGAAUAUUAUAUGUUGCUUAAGGUUUUUUGAUCUCCAAAAUUUACUAAGAGUAUCCAAAUCAUGUAGUUUCUUAAUUGUUUUUAUCCACUACAAACUAUUAUCUUUAUAUUGUUUCACCUCUAUAUUUACUCAUCUGUGUGUUUUAUUAAACUACUUUUAUAUUGCAGAUCUGCAAUCUCAUUGUGUUUUCUCAACAUAUGUUGGACAUGAAACCUAUAGGCCUGAGAUUGUCUCAUGUUAUUAUUUGUUAAAUACUCAAAGGCGCCCAACAGAGAAAGCCAGUGUAAAAUGGAUUUGUGUUGAAGUGUAACAAUAGUCAAUUUAAGAUUGAAAUUCGGAAAAAUAUGUUUUUUUUGUUAUUGGUUCAGGCUUAAAAGGGUUAAAUAUACAAUUACUUCCAAAGGUAGAGUAACAUGGGUUUAACUUGUAUUCAUAUGUUUAUAAAGUUCUUUAUUGUGA